AGCCCUAAAAAGCAAGCAAGCAAGCAAGCAAGCAAGAAAAAGUGCUUGAUAGAUGUUACCUGUCCCAGGCUCACUUUCAUUCUACCACCUGCACAGAACAUUCUUAUUAAUCAUAUGCUAUCUUCAAACGCCACAUUUUGCUGGGCUUCCCCAGCUCUCGGGGUGGGGAGAUUGCAUACAUGGGACAAGAUCAUAAGAGAAGUUUAUCUUCUCCAACAAUGAAACAGCAAGAGAUGAGCUAUGAAGAAGGGACUGCUGUGUUAAACUGUGGGCUUCGGGAGACAGUCCUAGGUUUGAGACACAGCUCUGCCAAGAGCUUUACAGCUUUGGGCUACUUACUUAACCUUCCCAAACCUCAGUGUCCUGAUUGCAUAAACAUAGUAAGAGUUACCCCACAGAGUUUCAUGAGAAUUGAGUAAGAGAAUAAAUACAAAGUGUUCAGCACAAUACUCAUAGUUCACACUUUAAAAAUGUUGUUGGUCCAUCUCAAAUUGCCUUCAUGUCCUCCCUGCACAGCCUCUGUGUGUCCCUGUGCUUUGCCCCUUGCUCCUCUCUUCACUCACUCUCUUGUAUCUCUUCUGCUUUUGUGAGAUCCUGUCCUUCUACCCUCCUUGUGGUGCUGCCCUUCUACACUGUGAUUUCUAGAACCUCGACGUUUAUUUAUUUGUGGAGCUUGUCAGAGCUGCUAUCAGUCACUCCACACUGAUAUGACCUUCCCACUGAUAUGACCUUCACGGUUGUAAAAACACUGAAAUGCUUCCAUUCCUUAUUGGUGAACAGCCACUGUCCUGGAUCCCUGCCCAGCCUCUUCCCUGGGAUCCCCUAGAUUUCAGCCUCCACCAGCAAUUGAAGGAUUAAUGUCUGGCAUCCUAGGGGCCUCCAGGCUCCUGCUUAAGCUCUAAGCCGGUAACUGUUCCACCCAGAGAGGUACAUGCCAUGUGCCCCAGCAUCCAGUAGAGAGACUAAGUGUCUCUGUGCAUCUCCUUCCUCCUCAGCAGGUUCAAGUCUUCUCCCUACAAUUCUCAGUAGCAGCCUAUGGAGCUGGGUGCCAGAGGCAACAGAACCGCUGUCACUGAGUUCAUCCUUCUUGGCCUAACAGAGAACAUAAGACUGCAACCCAUCCUUUUUACUGUCUUCCUCUUUGCCUAUGUAAUCACAGUCGGGGGCAACUUCAGCAUCCUGGCUGCCAUCUUUGUGGAGCCCAAACUCCACACUCCUAUGUACUAUUUCUUGGGGAACCUGUCUCUGCUGGACAUUGGAUGCAUCACUGUCACCGUUCCUCCGAUGCUGGCAUGUCUCCUGACCCACCAGUGCAGAGUUCCCUAUGCGGCUUGCAUUUCACAGCUCUUCUUUUUCCACCUCCUGGCUGGUGUAGACUGUCACCUCUUGACAGCCAUGGCCUAUGACCGCUACCUGGCCAUCUGCCAGCCCCUCACCUACAGCACCCGCAUGAGCCGGGAAGUCCAGGCUGCCCUGGUAGGCAUCUGCUGCACCAUCUCCCUCAUCAAUGCUCUGACGCACACGGUGGCUGUGUCCGUGCUGGACUUCUGUGGCCCUAAUGUGGUCAACCACUUCUACUGUGACCUCCCACCCCUCUUCCAGCUCUCCUGCUCCAGCAUCCACCUCAAUGGGCAGCUGCUUUUCGCAGGGGCCACCUUCAUGGGGGUGGUCCCCAUGAUCCUUAUCUCGGUGUCCUACACCCACGUUGCAGCCGCAGUCCUGCGCAUCCGCUCAGCGGAGGGCAGGAAGAAGGCCUUCUCCACGUGUGGCUCCCACCUCACUGUGGUCUGCAUCUUUUAUGGAACUGGCUUCUUCAGCUACAUGCGUCUGGGCUCAGUGUCAGCUUCGGACAAGGACAAGGGCAUUGGGAUCCUCAAUACUAUCCUCAGCCCCAUGCUGAACCCAGUCAUCUACAGCCUCCGGAACCCUGAUGUGCAGGGCGCCCUGAAGAGGGUGUUCACAGGGAAGCGGCCCCCGGAGUGAGAAGGCAGUGGGCGUGAAGAUGCUGCCUCUUCCUUGUGUACCCCACUUUCUUGUACUGAAGGCUUGGAUGUGGGAAAAGGAAUAUUCAGGGAUGGAUUAAGGAGGAAGGAAAGUAGAGAUGGGCCAGGGCAGGAUAUGGUUUGCCUUGGACUGGGGACAAAGGCUAAAAUUUAGGGAAAAGCGUGUCUAAAUAGCUGACAGACGAUGGAUUAAAGACAGAUGGGAGCAAACUAUGUGGAUCAGGAAGUGAGACACAAAUUAACUAUUUUGUAUUUUUUAAUGUAAUGACUGUUCAACUGAACUAUAUUUAAAAUCUCAAUUAAAAUAUUUCCCCUCCCCCACUUUUAAGAUAAACUAUAUCUGUACCAGAGUAUGGGGUCCUGAUUUUGUAAACAGCAAUAUCAUUUCUCUCAAAACUAAGAGAAACGACCUGAACUUAGAGCCAGAAAAGUGUUUCCUUCUUGCAAAGAAGUGAAAGAAAACCUUGAAUUAGCGAGAACUGAGCUUAGAGCGUCAGGGUAUGAAAUCCUGUAACAUUAGAGACCGGGAUCUGUUCAGCUUGGAGUACUUUACACAAGCGGGAUAAUAGUAAUAAAUGAGUGAUUGUAAAUUAUUACAGAAUGUUUGUCUUUUUAGGGCCCCACC